CUAGGGGUAAGAGCCAUCAGGGAGGUUGGGUUUGAAACACCUAGGGUUGUGUUUCCUGCCCUCUAUACUACAGAUAAAGGAGGGUGCUCUACCAGUGUAGACAGAUAAGCAGGUAAAGUUCUUGAGGAAGCAAUUGAUGCUUCCACAUGGGAUCCAAGAUGCCUGGGUUGGUUUCGUUGUCUUACUUCCUGGGGGUGCCUUUCCUGUUGGUCCUGUUGGGAGCUGCUCUGCUCCACUGGCGGCAGACCCCUGCACGGAACAAAAUCCCCAGGGCACAGAAGCGUAGGGAGAAGGCUUUGCAGCAGAUGGAGGCCCUAGCACAGCGACUCCGGCAGCAGGAGCCAGACCUGGAUCCGAAGCCCAUUCUGGAGUUGCCCCUGCUGACGCUGGCCCAGAAGCUGCAGGAUGAGGAGCUGAGUCUGGAGAGCGUCCUCUGUAGCUACUUAGAGCAGGCACUGAGAGUGCACAAGGAGGUGAACUGCCUAACAGAUUUCCUGGAAGAAUGUGAGGAGCAACUACAGAGACUAAAGAAACUCAAAAAGAAUGAGAGAGGUCCUCUCUAUGGGAUCCCUGUCAGCCUCAAGGAUACCUUUGAUUGCAUGGGUCAUGACUCUACGUGUGGGCUGGCCCAAUUCCUGGAGAAGCCAGCAGCCAAGGAUGGGAUCAUUGUGCAAAUACUCAAGGCCCAGGGAGCCAUUCCCUUUGUGAAGACUAAUGUGGCCCAGACACUGUUCAGCUUUGACUGCAGCAAUCCCAUCUAUGGGCAGACGCUGAAUCCUCUGAAUUUACAGAAGACAUCUGGAGGCUCCUCAGGGGGUGAAGGAGCUCUGCUGGCAGGAAGGGGCUCUAUUCUGGGCUUUGGGACCGACACAGGUGGAAGCAUACGCAUACCAGCCAGCUUUUGUGGUAUCUGUGGCCUCAAGCCCACAGGAUUUCGCCUCAGCUACUCUGGAAUUGCUUCUGCUGUCAAGGGCAAGAAAUCAGUGACCACAAUGGCUGGUCCUAUGGCCUUGGAUGUGGAAAGCUUGGUGCUAUCUCUGAAAGUUUUGCUGAGUGAAGACAUGCACCAACUGGACCCCACUGUGCCUCCCAUACCCUUCAGGGAAGAGGUAUACUUCAGUAAACGGCUCCUUCGAAUCGGCUACUAUGAAUCAGAUGGCUUCACCCAGCCAUCUCCUAGCAUGGUGAGGGCUGUGAGGCUCACCACUGGGCUGCUCCAGGAUGCUGGACAUGAGGUCAUCCCCUUCUCCAUUCCUCAGAUUGAGUAUGCCAUGCAACACCUGUACAAAGGGGGCUUGAAUGCCGAUGGUGGGGCCACCCUUUUGGAGAAGCUUGAGGGGGACUUGGUGGACCCCUGCAUGAAGGGGACAGUCACCCUGCUCCGCCUGCCAGAUCUGCUCAAGUGUUUAUUGGCCAGGAUCCUAAAGCACACAAAUCCCCGACUGAGCAAGACUUUAGAAGAGCUUCGUGGAGUUGGAACACCCAAGAAACUGUGGGAACAGCACUCAAAAGUGGAGAAAUAUCAGCACGAGUUCAUAGCCAAGUGGCGGUCCCUGGACCUGGAUGUGUUGCUGGCACCAGCUCUGGACCCUGCCUUCUAUAUCAGCUAUCCUGCUAAAGCAUCAGAGAGCAUGUCCUACAUGGGCCUGUACAACCUCUUGAACUUCCCCGUCGGUGUGCUGCCCGUCACCAGAGUCACAGUAGAAGACGAGAAGGAGUUGGCCUUCUACAAGGGAUACUAUGGAGACACCUUUGACAAAAAUUUCCAGGAGGCGGUGAGAGGAUCCACAGGGCUUCCGGUGGCAGUGCAGUGCAUUGCUUUGCCAUGGGAAGAAGAACUAUGUCUCCGUUUCAUGAAGGAGGUGGAGACCUUGACCAAGAACCAGAAGGAGCCCAAGGAAUAGAUCACUUCUUCUGGAAGCUUUCCAAGUCUGCUCCCAAAGCCUCUCCCUUUCCACGAAUACUGUAUCUGCCUCAUGUCUUCUCCCUUCAGAAGCCUGCUGGAUUUGUCUUCUCUAUAUGAAUGGGUGCUCAAUAGACUUCCCAGAUCAACCCAAGAUGAUGACUAGAUUAAUAAACAUUUCUGUCAGGG